AUGGAGGAGUUUCGAACUUUCCUGGAUUCAAAUGAUCUUACUGAUCUCAACUGCAGGGGAACUUUCUACACUUGGAAUAAUUCCAGACCGGAGGAUCCUAUUUUGCGGAAAUUAGACAGGGCAUUAGUCAAUCCUGUUUGGCUUCAUCAGUUCCCGGAAUCUCUGGCGAUCUUCGAUCCUCCAGGCGAUUCGGAUCAUUCACCGUGUCUAAUCUCACUAUCUCCUUCAGAGCACUCUGGAAGAAAGAGCUUUAAGUACUUCUCCUUCGUCUCCACACAUUCUGAAUUCUUGGCCCGGUUGCAAGCCUCUUGGAGUCAAUCUGUCGGUACAGGUUCUAAGCUCUUUCUUUUGGGUCAGCGAUUGAAGCUAGCUAAAGAGUGUUGUCGUAGUCUGAAUAGAGAAGGGUUUGGUAAUAUUCAGCAACGUACUAAGGAUGCCCUAGUAGAGUUGGAAAGGAUUCAGAACGCACUACUAACUGUUCCAACACCAGAACUGGUAACGGAGGAGUCUCAAGCUCGAGAGGUUUGGUCUUUCUUUGCUUCAGCGCAAGAGAACUUUUUCAAGCUUAAAUCAAGAAUUCGUUGGCUUAAAGAAGGGGAUUCAAACACUAGAUUCUUCCAUCGAGCGGUUAUGAACAGACAGUCUUGGAAUGCUAUCCGAUACCUUAGGAACUCCUCAGGUCUUCGGAUCUUCAAUCAGGAACAAAUCAAGGGCAUGACUGUGGCUUAUUUUAAGAAUCUCUUAGGUUCAGAAAACAGGGGAAUUGAGCCGAUGUCAGUCGAUGAGAUUCGCCUUACGCAUCCUUUCAGAUGCUCUGACUCCUUAGCCUCUGAACUAACUCGUCUCCCAACUGAUGAAGAGAUCAAGGAAGUGUUUUUCAAACUGCCAAAGUCCAAAGCUCCGGGUCCCGACGGUUUCUCAGUGGAGUUUUUUCUAGAUGCAUGGGAGGUAGUUGGAGUAGAUUCUAUUCAAGCUGUUAAGGAGUUUUUCUCCUCAGGGAGAAUGCUUCGGAAGUUUAAUGCUACUACUAUUGCUCUCUUGCCCAAGAUGACAGGAGCUGAUGAGCUAUCUAAAUUCAGACCGGUUUCUUGUUGCUCUACUAUUUAUAAGGUGGUUGCAAGACUUCUAAAGAAGCGGCUAAAGAUCUUCGUCUCUAAGGCAGUCCAGCUGAACCAAGUAGGAUUUAUCAAGGGACGUUUCCUCUGCGAGAAUGUCCUUUUGGCUUCUGAACUGGUGUCGGGUUUCCACAAACGAGGUCAAACAACGAGGGGCUGUCUUCAGAUAGACUUGGUGAAAGCUUACGAUAACCUCAAUUGGGAGUUCAUGCUCAACAUUCUAAAGGCCUUUGAUUUACCAGAAGUGUUUCUGAAUUGGAUCAGAGAGUGCAUCACAACAACUUCCUUUAGCAUUGCUUUUAAUGGCGAGUUGCUGGAUUGUUUUCCUGGCAAAAAAGGCCUGCGCCAAGGGGAUCCAAUAUCAUCUCUGCUGUUUGUUCUAGCAAUGGAUAUUCUAUCCAAGCUGUUGGAUAAAGGAGCUAUGGAUAAUCGGUUUGGUACUCACCCUCAAGGAAAUGCUCCCCUCAUCACUCAUAUGGGUUUCGCUGAUGAUGUUCUCCUCUUCUUCGACGGGACGGAUCAGUCCUUGCAAGGUUUGCUGUCAAUUCUGGAGAAUUUUAAUAAAUGUUCCGGUCUGGGAAUAAACAAGAGUAAGUGUGCGGUCUUCUUUGAUGGAGGUGAUUCUGGUCGCUCUCGAGCAUCUGCUCGGGUUCAUGGAAUAUCUCAAGGUCCUUUGAUUGAACUAUUGAGUGUUAAUGCUCCAAGAAUCACAGGCUUAGCAGAGACAGCGACAGUUCGUGAAGCUCUUAUGGGUAAUCAGUGGUGGUUAAGUUCGUUGAGAUCAAGAAACCCUAUUAUAUCCUUCUUAAGGGACUCUUUGCCGGAUCCGGUGGAUAUUUUAAACUCUGAAGUGGAUGAUCGCUAUCUUUGGCAGAUUGGAGGGAACGCUCCUAGAGAUAGCUUUUCCUCUUCGGCAUUGUGGAAUUACUUGUAUAAUCAGUCUCCGCCAGUACCUUGGUAUAGCAGCGAUGAAUGUAGGCAACAUAUCUUCUUUGAUUGUCCUUAUAGUGGGGAGGUCUGGUCUUUCUUCUACUCUAGACUACAUCUUUCUCCUCCUCCAUUGUUUGAGGAAGGACUCAGGUCCCAUCCGUGGCGGAUCUGCUUCUGGAGUAAAAGCGCAGUCGUGUGGAGGUUUGGCGCAGUGAAGCUAAUCGUCUUGCCAGUUGAUGUUUCAUUUUCGGGAGGUGGAGGCUCCUACAGCUCCGUCACCGCCGGUCCUUGUUUCCGGGAGGUGGAGGCUUCUUCAGCUCCACCGUCGUCGGUUUUGUCUCCGGGGGGUGAAGGCUCUCUCAGUCUUGCGUCACCGGCUUUAGGUGUUUCAGUUCGUUGGAUCGGUUUUGGAUUCCGCUUGUGGCUCGUGUGUGGUUCUCGGUUCGUGGUUCCAAGUGGUUCACGGUUUUGUUCAGUCAGAUGA